AAAUCGUAACGCAUUACAAUAUCUACUCUUCUAUUGGCUCUCUCCUGCUGAUCCUCGUAAAAUGAAGAGUAGAGAUAACAUGUAGCUCCGGAAAGUACGGUGAUAAUCACCUAGAUGAUUGGUUUUCACACAGCUGUGGAUAAUGCUUCCUCUAAAUUAAGGUGGAUUAUGUUAAGUUUUACGCUCAUCUCUCUACAGAUUUAGACUUAAAGGGGGGACAUACCUAUCAGGCGGUAUAUAAAGAUAUUUCGAUGCUUCACAUUUUCUUGCGUAAACUCACACCAUCAUCGUUCUCAGCACGUUGAAAACUCACCGCAAUUAUGGGACUGCUCUCACUUCCGAUUAUCCUUAGUGCUGUAUUAGCAGCUGCUGUUGAACCUCCAAAGGGUCAUCCCUGGCUUGCUCCUGGGCCAAAUGACUACCGUGGGCCGUGUCCGAUGCUCAAUACGCUAAGCAACCAUAACUUCUUGCCUCACGAUGGCAGGAAUAUCACGAAGAACAAGGUCGUUAGCGCCAUGUCCUCAGCUCUCAACUUCAACGAAUCCCUUGCUGCGCUGAUGUUCGAAAUGGCGAUUGUGGCUAAUCCAGAGCCCAAUGCCACAUUUUUCACUUUGGACCAACUGAACGUACACAAUGUCUUGGAACAUGAUGGAAGUCUAAGCCGCACGGAUGCUUUCUUUGGCAGCAACCACAUCUUUAACGAGACGAUCUUCAACGAGACGAAGGUUUACUGGACCGGCGAGAUCCUCGACGCGAACAUGUUAGCCAACAGCAAAAUUGCUCGCCAGCUGAACUCCAAGGCCUUCAACCCCACCUAUCGAUUCACGUCCUCUGUCGAAAGCUUCAGCCUCGGCGAGGUUUCUGCUCCCAUCGUCGCUUUUGGUGACUUGCAAGCCGUAACCGUCAACCGAACUCUUGUGGAAUAUUUCUUCGAGAACGAGCGCUUCCCUACCGAAUUAGGAUGGAGUACGCGUAAAGAAGUCGUUAACAUAGAGGAUAUUCUCAGAUUAUCACAAGCCAUCAGCGAUGCUUCCAAUCUUAUUACGACCGACAAGGAGGUUGUUUCAACCCAGCGACGGGAUCUACAUGGCGGGUUGUACUAGUAAUAUUUACUCUGACUGAAAUUUGCCCACCUAGGGUGAUAUCGUUGAGAUAUAUUGGAGGGGCGAUCGUGCUAUAGACCAAUACUAUCGCGUGGAAAUUGAUCUUGUAUACAAUCAAUGCUCGAAGGAGUGCCUGUCGAUUUAAUUCGCCUACUUUUUUACAUGCUCUAUUAUCAAUAUCUCCAGCUUGAAUAUGACGAAAUGAUCAACAUUUGA